AUGCUUGCUCUAGGGUUGUUUAUUGUGCUCGGCCUCGAAGCUGGCUUGGCAACCGCCUCAAGUGGUCUCUACGAACCAUUGGAACUCUUUGCCUGGGACAAACCGAACUGCCGAGGAACCAUCUCCUGGACUAUUUUUGACGAAAUCAGCUUUGCACGAAACAUCUCGAAUUUUUUCGUUGCCCACAGUUUCCGCCUUAACCGGACGUUGGAACGCCAGGAACAGCUAGAUAUUUCCGUGACCAGCAACUUUGCAACGUGGUAUUCCGACAAAGACCAAUUGUCAUACAAUAGCUCGUCAUGCACUACCUUCUGGCAGAGUUAUUAUGCGAUCAAUGGGAGUAUUGCGUGUCACAAUACACCACCGUUUACUUGCCAUAGAUUGUGGAACAAUCCAGGGUUGCCCGCCUCUUAG